AUGGCAAUGACUAAUGUGGUCAACUCAAUAAAACCACCAGAAAAAGUCAGCACCAGUAUGUACACUAAUGUGGAACAGACAACAGAGAGCAUUCAAACUGAGCCUACCUUUUGGGACUCUGUCAUAGGCGAAGGUUCCGCUCAAUUCUGGGUGAAACACACAAUUUGUGGAGGCAUCUCCAAUUGCACUAUGCUCUUCGAAACAGCCUUUGACCCAUUCCUAGUGGCUAAAGAAAUCUUUGACAAUUUAGGAAGCAUAUUUCGGAACAAAACUCAAGAUCAAACAGAAGACAUCUUCCAGGAUAAAAGUUGCGCCUACAUUUUCCCAAACAAAUGGGCCGACUACAACCAUGACAAAAGCAUGUUCAGAAAUAGUCCUGGUCCAGCCGUUGCAUGUCAACGUCGGACAUCUUAUAAACUACUGAAGAAUUUAGACAAAGUGGGAAAUCAUUUUGAACCAUCCGGUUUUCCCAGGACAACAGAAAUGGCAAUGACUAAUGUGGUCAACUCAAUAAAACCACCAGAAAAAGUCAGCACCAGUGGUCUCAGAACUUGGCUGAAGGCAAAUGUGAUUAGCAGCUGCUGCACCAUUCAAUCAAUUGUAGUGUAUGAUGUUCCUCAUGUAUUACAUGAGACACUGUGGAUGUAUGACUUACAAUUUCAAAUUUCAUUUGUGAGCACAUAAAAUUUUCUUUUUAGCUCUUGCA